AUGUCUUCACGAGCACUGCGUAAAGCUCAACGAGAGAAGGAAGAGCAAGACAGAUUGAAGCAGCUGGAACAGGAAGCCCGGGCAUUGGAGGAAGAUCAAGAGGAGAGCGAGGAGGAGGAGGUUCCUGCGGCAACAAUAAAGAAGAGUGCAUUCGCCAUGCUGGAGGAGGAAGGCGAGGAUGACGCAGAGCCGGAAGCAGACGACACCGACGAAGACGACGAGCCAGCACCAGUCCCAGCGGCGACAGUCACGCCGAAGGGAUCCUCCUCGAAGAAAAAGAAGAAGAAGAAGAAGGCCAAGGCUGGAAUCACGCAGGAGGUGGAAGCCAAGGAGGAAGAUUUAGACGAAAUCGAUGCUGCGUUGAAACAACUCUCCACGAAUGGCAAAGCCUCAGAAGCCGCAACAGCCACAGCCAGCGCCGCGGAGAAGGUCAACGAAGAAUGUCGUCUGCUGGCCAUCGAUACCACACAUCUGCACGCUCAGAAUGAGAUGAAGCGGCUCUUCGGUCGCGCAGCGUUGGAGCAGGACGAGGACGAAGAUGCGCCAGCACCGCCUGGAGCUGCUGGAGGAAAUCGGCGUCAGAACCGUCGUGUACAACAGGUCGGCCUUGCGGCAGCUCUCCGCGGGAAUCGCCAAGAUGGGAGGUCGGGUCUUGCGGCCAUGGCCCUCCGUAGGAACAUUUUCGUCCAAGGCAAGGAAGAGUGGCCAUCAGCAGCAAGCGGAGGACUGGGAAUGGAGAUCACGGAAAAGCGGGCUGACGGCACUGUCCUCUACCGUUUUGUCCACAACUCGACGUACAAGUCUGUCCAGAGAGAGUUCCACACCUGCGUUGCCUCCAUGGACCCUCAACGCAUGAUCGUUCUCCUCCAGCACAACCCUUACCACAUCUCUACCCUCCUCCAGGUCUCCGAAAUUGCCAAACAGGAACGUGACCCGGCUACGGCUGGUGAUCUUCUCUCCCGAGCCCUCUUCUCCUUCGGUCGUGCAGUACAUAGCACUUUCCCGAAAGCACUGGCGGAAGGUCGUGCACGGCUGGACUUCCGCUACGCUGCCAAUCGGGAGUUCUAUCUUGCAGUCUGGCGAUACUCCCAGAACCUCGCGAUGCGUGCGCUAUGGCGGACUGUCUACGAGUGGUCAAAGCUACUACUGGCUCUCGAUCCGGCCAACGAUCCGUACGCUCUCUCACUUGUUCUGGACCACUACGCCCUGCGAUCAAACCAACACACCUCUUACCUCGCCCUCUCCCGCUCGCAGCUAUUCCCUCAACCCCUUCCGCCACAACUCCUCCUCUCACAAUCACUCGCUGAGUUCCGCGCCGGAAACGACUCCCAAGCUCAACGAUUACUCUUCAAGACCGUCACACAACAUCCAUAUCUGCCCGCCCGACUCCUACAAGAACUUAAUCAGACACCUUCUCCUGGAAUCUGGGGUGCUCAAACACGAACAGACCACGAAAACCUCCUCACAGAACUCUACGCCAUCCGUGCAAAGGACAUCUGGAAUUCAGCAGACGCCCUCGCUUUCCUCCUCGAGACUUGCGCCGCAGUGCAAAGAGACGUCGUCCCACCCGCAGCGCCAGACACGAGGGAAAUCUCCCGCAACGAAGCACGGCAUGUCCUCCUCUGCGAUGAGCCGAAGUUCAUCGAGUUGAUUCCUCGGAAGCUAUCUCAAAUGCUGGAGAGUACAGGUGAUCCUCUGCCACCAGAAGACCGCAUCACUACCGAAGGAGAGGAGACCGUCAUUGAAUCAAUGCACGAUGGCAGCGAGGAUAUGUGGGAUGCGAGUAGUAUACUGAGACUUCUUGGGCGGAAUGGACAGAACGCUCAAGAAGGAGGCAAUCAGGAAGAGGUUCUGGAUUUGCUCAAUCGAGUUGAAGCAGGGGCUGGAGAGGAAGAUCUCGACGAGAUUCGACAGAGGUUGGAGGAGAUGAUCCGGGGUGAAGCACAGGCGGUGGGUGAUGCCGUCGCUGAUGAACGUCAACGGAGGGCCAGAGUGGAAGAUGCGAGCGAUGAUGAGGCAUAA